UGGGGUGGCAGGGAUGAAGGCUCGGGGGAGGGAGGGGAUUCUGGAAAAUCAACACCACCACAGCAGCAGCAGCAGCAGCAGCAGCAAGGUUUGCCAAUGUCGCUGUCCAGGGGACGCAUGUCAGAGUCACCGGCGCCACCUGUGCCGCCUGUACCCGCUGUGGUGCCGUCACCGGCUGCUGUUAAUAAGCUUCCGUCGCCGAUUUCGUUCCUACGCUUUAAUCGGAAGAGCAAGAAGGAGCGGAGAUUAACUGAUGAGCAUCAGGUACAGACCACUCCGCCAGUACCCCAACAACAACAACACCAGCAACAAUACCAGCCGGAUAACUCCAAAUCAGUGGAUUCCAGCAAUCAGUUUUCAAAGCAGCCGCAGUCUCAGCAACAGCAGCAGCAGCAGCAGAGGGCGGAUACAGACAGUGAUGUGUCGAGUGAUAAUGAGAGUCAGAGACCCAAGCAGCAACAUAUCCCGAGUAUAAUUACUCCAGUUAGGCCUCCGCCUACAACGAGGUUGGGGUUGGGCAAUAAUAGGUUGCCGAUACAUAUUGAGCGGGCUAUUUAUCGCUUGGCAUCGAUUAAACUGGCGAAUCCGCGCAGACCCUUGUUGCAGCAAGUGUUGUUGUCCAAUAUGAUGUUUUGGUACUUGGAACUCAUCAAUCCGCGGUCUCAGCAGCAGCAGCAGCAUCAACAGCAAGCGCAAGCGCAAACGGCUCCGCUGACACCACCGUUACAGCAGCAGCCUCAGCUACAACAACAGCAGCAGCAUCAAAGGGUGGAUCAACCGGCUAAUCGGUCUAGUUCUCCUGGCCCACAUCGAUCAAACGCACAGCCACAGUCUUCGUCAUCUAACAAGAAACCCCAGGACGGCCACAAAUCCAGCAACAAUAACAAUGGUGGGAGUGGUAUUGGAGGUAAUGGCGGUAACGGCAGCAGCACCAAUGGGGGGAAUAGGAGAAAAUCUGGGGGACCACAGGCUGUAGAGAGAGUGAUGAUGUCACCGCAGUAUGAGAGACAGCAACAGCAGAUUUAUUUGAGUGCUGGUGCCUCUGCUGGUGCUGGUGGUGGCGGUUCGCAGUAUGUUGCGCAACCACCGUCGCCUUCGUCACAGCAUCAUCAGAACUACCAGAAUAAGAACCAAAACCAAAAUCAGCAGCAGCAGUAUUUGAGGUCGCAGUCUGCGGGAUCUGUUGGAAAAACAAACGGUGGUGGUGGAAGUGAUGAGGAUGAUGAUGUACCGUUAGCUUUGUAUCGUGGUGAACGGAAUGCUAUGAGUAUUGGAUAAAUACAACCUUUUCUUUUCUUUUCUUUUCUCUUUUUAAUAUUUGCAUUUUUCUUCUCUCCCUCUCUCUAAACAUUUUAUAAACACGAUUAAUG